GCGCUUUGUAAACAUAAAUUUCCAUGAAGGUGGGUUUUUUUUGGCCUGUUAAUAAUUUCCAUUUCCAUAAUUUUUAUUGGAAAAAUAAAAAUUUGGUUGUUAUUGUUUAAUACCUUGUUUAUUCAACAACGUUUUUUGUCUGAGAAAAUGCCUAUAAGUGGAUAUUCCAGUAAAACAGCACUAGAGUACAAUCAUAUACAACUUGACUAGAUAUUUUUUGCAAAAAGACAUUUUCUGUUUUUGUGUUGUUAAUUUCCAGCAGUUUAAUUGCUUAAAAUACGAUGGCAGAACAAGGCCCUAGAAAGCCCCAGCUUAUCAAAAUGGACUUCCCUUUUCGUCCAAUAAGCGGGGCACAAUCCUCAGAUAAAGCUGGACUCGCGUCUACAUCUGUUAGACCGAAAAUGAGCUUGCCAGUCGUUGCACCAAAACCUAAAGAUCCUGCCAUUACUAGAACUCCAGAAACAAAACUAAAAAUGUCCCAUUCGAUAAACGCGACUGGUAAAUUGCAAAUUGGCGGCACCACUUACGAUUUCACCUCUGACGAUUUGCAAGAUUUAGGGGAAAUCGGACGUGGUGGUUUUGGUACCGUCAACAAAAUGGUGCACCGCAAAACCAGUACGACAAUUGCAGUUAAACGAAUCCGUUCUACAGUGGAUGAAAAAGAGCAAAAGCAACUGCUUAUGGAUUUGGAUGUUGUCAUGAAAAGUAACGAGUGCAAUUAUAUUGUCCAGUUUUAUGGGGCAUUAUUUAAAGAGGGUGAUUGUUGGAUAUGCAUGGAGGUAAUGGACACUUCUUUGGAUAAAUUCUACAAAUUCAUCUACGAAAGAUUAGAUCAAAGGAUACCUGAGCCCAUAUUAGGAAAAAUUGCUUUGGCCACAGUCAAAGCACUGAAUUAUCUCAAGGAGGAAUUGAAAAUUAUUCACAGAGAUGUAAAGCCAAGCAAUAUUUUAUUAGACAAAAACGGUAAUAUUAAGUUGUGUGAUUUUGGUAUAUCUGGACAACUGGUUGACUCAAUAGCAAAAACUAAAGAUGCUGGUUGUAGACCUUAUAUGGCGCCAGAACGUAUUGAUCCUCAAACAGCCAAAGGUUACGAUGUCCGCAGUGACGUUUGGUCAUUAGGUAUAACCCUAAUGGAGGUAGCUACUGGUCAUUUUCCCUACAAAAGAUGGUCCAGUGUUUUCGAUCAACUUCACGAAGUUGUUAACGGAGAUCCUCCACGUUUGGCUACAAAUAGCAACGCUAAUACAUUCACUGCGGAGUUUGUGAAUUUUGUCAACACUUGCUUGAUUAAGCAGGAAAAUUUGCGACCCAAAUAUAAUAAGCUCCUACAGGAUCCGUUUAUAUUGAGGGCGACACAGGAGAGGGUGGAUGUUGCUGCUUAUGUUACGGAAAUAAUGGACGAAAUGACUAAUAAUGGUAUCAGUGCUUUUACUACUAAUUUGCAAGAGUGCUAGUGGUAAAAGGAGAUUGUGCCAAUAUAAAUAUAUGUUGUUGAAAAUAGAUUAGAAGAGGAAGGAUUUGAUUGGAGUGCAAAAUAUGACUUAAUAGGAGUUUGUUGACUUUUUAGUGCUGACGACCUUAUUGAUUGUUAUUGUUAAUACUAUAUUAGUUAGUUCCUCUUUUUACUUAAAAAAAUACCUACUAGAAAAACCCGUAUAUUAGCCAUUUUAGAUGUUCAAUCAAUCAAGUGGAAAAUGUUUUGCCUCCUAUGAUAGUUUCUGGACUUAGUGCUGCAAGGAAUUAUUUUAAUUAUUGUAUUAUUUAUUUAUUGUUUAUUAUAUAGGAGGUUUCCUGUAUUUGUUGAUGCAAAUACAAGCAAUAAACGUAUUUAUUAAUUAUUGUGUAUAUUUAAGUAAUUUUUGGUCACAACAACUAUUUGAUUAUUGUACAUUAUUAAGUAAUAUACAAGUUUCUUAUACAUAUUGUCACAAAUAUAUAAUUUUUUUUUUUUUAGCCCAUAUACUUAAAUAAAAUCACUGUUUUUUCAAUAUUUCAAACAAUUUUAUUUGUCCUUUAUAAAGAGGCUAAAAUAUAAAACAUAUAAAUAAAUAUUUAAGGAAAAACAUUAUUGGUAUGUUUUGAAGGUACAUACAAUAAAUCUUUGGGACUUACAAUCUAUAUAAUACUUAAGGACUUAUAUUAACAAUUAUUAUUGCAAGAAAAAAAUAUUAAUAUCUAUCACGUUUUGGAAAGGGACAAUAAUAAUUAUUAGACACUUCAAUAACAUUUUACUCAACUACUCCAAGCUCUACAAAAACUGAUAAAUCAACACAACAAACUGAUAGAUCCAUUGUCAGCACCCAAAAGUAGCAAUCUAUUCAAAGGCAACAUUCCCAUAGAAGUCAGCACUCCCUUGAAAGUAUCUCCACGUAAUUUAGUGCUGCUAUAACUUGCAUCUGGUGCUAUUUCAGUGUGAACCCCCACUCGGUUAGCUGUGGUAGCACUCACCAAUUCAGUUCCGUCGUAAACGCAAAGACAAUGCGC